AUGUUCGCAUCGCAUUACAGCGAAGCAACAAACGCUUCCUUCCUGCGCGGCGGCUAUCACGUCGCGCGUACCGACGUCUCUGACGGAGCCACCCAAGCCCAGUUCUUCCUGUCCAACGGCGGCGGCUGGACUGCCGAUAACCAAACCCUCCCGGGCCUCCUUUCCAUAGGGCUCGACAAUGACUGUGCCGGCCUCACGCCCAACGCGACGCUGGACUGGAUCAGGAGCUUUGUAAACACGUAUGAAGGGGUGACGAAGCGCGCACCGGUGAUUGGGACGCGGAAUGAGUGGUGGGUGGAGUGUACGGGGAACACGUCCGAGUUUAAUGAGAAGAGUGCGCUCUUGUUGGCGAAUUGGGGGGAUAGCGUGGCACAAUGCGUAACGCGGAAGAAUCUCCUUUUUUUGCGUCUGCCCAUUGAGUUGAGGCUGGAUAUAUACGAAAUAGCCAUCGAAAACCGCAUUUGGGAGACUGGCGGCGUAAAAAGUGCUACAGUUGCUUUUGAAUUUUACAGGGUCACGAACAUAGUCAAAAACAAUUUCAGCCUCGCUCGUGUUUGUCGCCAGAUAUACACGGAGAGCAAGAGCCUCAUCACAGAGCGGAGUGGCACGUUCGCCCUGCCCGGGCCGCCUCGAUGGCUGCCUAUCUGGCUGUGGACCACACCCGGUAUAAAGCACGAGAACAUCAUCUCACUUUUAUUUCGCAUUGAUGCGGAAAAGAGACAAAGCUGGGGGUAUCUCGGAAAGCCGAACUGGAACAUCCGCUUCUUGGAUGACCUUACCAGGUUGAAGCACAUACAUGCAUUCGGUGUUCUGUCGGCCCAGACCACUGGUCUAAAUUGGAUCGUAGCAUGA